CAUAUAAGACCACCAUUUUUUUUUCUAAUCAUCUUCAAAAUUUUAAUAAUUAGCUCUACUCUCUAUCUCUCUGAUUAAAAUAACAGAGGCAUGGAGGUCUAAGGUGAGACAAAGCCAUGUCUUCUUCAACUUCCUAAGUCUCAUCUCAUCUCUCUCUCUCUCUCUACACUUUUGUACCCAAACUUGUUUCAAUCGAAUCAAUUUACCUUCUUUCUGGGUAUAUAUUCCUUUUAUUCAAAAGCCUUUUACUUUCCGAGAGAUGAUGAAUCGAGGACUCGGAUCGGGCGGUGGGUCGAGCUCCGGCAAGAAUCAAGGCGGUGAAGCCGUGGUGGAGAUGUUCCCGUCGGGGCUUAGAGUUCUAGUGGUUGACGAUGACCCGACUUGUCUUAUGAUCUUAGAGAGGAUGCUCAGAACUUGUCUCUACGAAGUAACGAAAUGCAACAGAGCAGAGAUGGCAUUGUCUCUGCUCCGGAAGAACAAACAUGGAUUCGAUAUAGUCAUCAGCGACGUUCACAUGCCUGACAUGGACGGCUUCAAGCUCCUUGAACACGUCGGUCUUGAGAUGGACUUGCCUGUUAUCAUGAUGUCCGCGGAUGAUUCAAAGAGUGUGGUUCUAAAGGGGGUGACUCACGGCGCGGUUGACUACCUAAUCAAACCUGUACGCAUGGAGGCGCUCAAGAACAUAUGGCAGCACGUGGUGCGCAAGAGGAGGACCGAGUGGAGCGGCGUGCCUACACAUUCUGGGAGCGUUGAGGAGACUGGCGAGAGGCGGCAGCAGCAGCAACAGAGAGAAGCUGUUUCCCGUGGGGAGGAAGAUGGAGCUGAUGACAACAACUCUUCCUCUGUUAACGAAGGCGGCAACAACAACUGGAGGAAUAGCAGCAGCAGCAGCUCAAGGAAGCGGAAAGAAGAGGAAGGAGGGGAAGAACAAGGUGACGAAGAUGCUUCUAAUCUCAAGAAACCGCGUGUUGUCUGGUCUGUUGAGUUGCAUCAACAGUUUGUUGCUGCUGUUAAUCAGCUCGGCGUCGAAAAGGCGGUUCCUAAGAAGAUCUUGGAGCUGAUGAAUGUCCCUGGACUAACCCGAGAGAACGUAGCCAGCCACCUCCAGAAAUACAGAAUAUAUCUAAGACGGCUUGGAGGAGUGUCACAGCACCAAGGCAGUUUAAACAACUCGUUUAUGACAAGUCAGGACGCUAGCUUUGGUUCUCUUCCGACGCUGAACGGGUUUGAUCUUCAAGCGCUAGCUCAGCUUCCUGCUCAAAGCCUUGCACAGCUACAAGCUGCCGGUUUAGGCCGGCCUGCUGCGAUGAACUCUAAGCCGGGAUUGCAUGUUUCUUCCUCCAUUGUGGACGAGAGAAGCGUCUUCAGCUUUGACAACCCGAAAAUGAACUUGCUUCACGGUGUCCCCACCGGUAUGGAGCCGAGACAGCUUGCGGGGUUACAACAACAUCGAAUGACUAUUCAACAGCAGAUUGCUGCGGUUCGAGCAGGACAUAGCCUUCAGAACAACGGUAUGCGGAUGCCGCUAGCGUCUCAGCCGCAGCAGCCAUUCUCAAGACCACAACAAUCUUCCAUCAGACAGCCAAUGUUACCGAACCGUAGUGGUUUCUCGGGAAGGAGUAGUAUCCCGGAGAGCAGCAGAGUGUUACCUACUACAAGCUACACCAACCUCGCAGCUCAACAACAACACUCGAUGGCCUUCAGCAACUUCCAACAAGAGCUCCCUGUGAAUAGCUUCCCGCUAGCGAGUGCACCAGGCUUAUCUGUUCGGAAACCACACUCUUCUUCUUCUUCUUCUUCUUCUUCUUACAGAGAAGAGUUUAACAGCUCGGAAGCAGGCUUCAGUACGCCUAGCUACGACAUGUUCUCAAGCAGACAGAACGAUUGGGAUCUAAGGAGUAUGCUUUCCCCUCAUCAAGAUUCACAAGCCUACUCUUCUUCCUCCAUGUCAAGAAACAACAACACGGCGGUGGCAGCCACUGAUCAUAGCCGGAACCACCAGCAGACACCGCAGGGUAUGGUCUCGCAUCAUCAGGUUUAUGGAAACGGAGGGGGAAGUUCAGUGAAGGUGAAGUCAGAGACAAUGGGGUUCCACGAGCAGUAUAGUAAUCAAGAAGAUCUUAUGAGCGCACUUCUUAAGCAGGAAGGAAUUGGACCGGUUGAUACAGAGUUCGACUUCGACGCAUAUUCGAUUGAUGAUAUCCCGGUUUGAUUGGAUAAAAAGCUGAUUAAACCGAUCAAGGGACUACUUGGAAGUUGUAUUGUAUCAUUACACGACCAUCCAUCUGCUGAUAACAGUAAAACCUGGUUGGAGGAAUGUUAUAUGAUCUGCAUGAAGUUUUAAAGGCAGAUUAUAUCAGAAGAAUUGUUUUGUAUUACUAAUUAUUUUUUGUUUAUGUUAGGAGUUAAUAUGUUACUCUUCUUCUUGGAGAUUAUUUUGAUCCUUAUUUAAGUACAGAGGCUGUUUAGGGUUUGUGAUA